UUCCUAGCUGCAUUGAAAAUAAGGGCAAUAAACCUAGGGGCAAAGGCAAGUGGCAAGUGACAUGCAAAAAAUGCGGAGGUCUUGGCCAUAGGUCGUCAUCUCCAAAGUGCCCGAUGAAUGGAACAAAGAAAAGGAAAAGCCGAGCUAAAAAGGGGAAGGCUGGGAGGCCUCCAGGCUCUAGCAAAAGGCAGAAAGUUGCUGAGCAAGGAAGUCCAGAGAACAACAGUCCUGUGACAGCAAGUCAAUUCUCAUCGGCCAUAGUAGAGCUAGAAGGCACAAGUCAAAUCAACACUUCUCCUGGUCCUGUGACAAGAAGGCAAUCACUUUUAGCAAUGGUGGAGGUAGGAGGGUCAAACCAAAUCACUACAAGUUUUGGACCUGUAACAACAAGCCAAACCGGAGAAGAGGCAUUAAAUAUUGUUACCACUCCCACCAAGUCUCCAGCAAGGCGUCGGAUAGGACUUAAGAAAAAGCUCACUCCAAGGAAGGGAAGAAAUAGUGCUACCUAAUCAAUUGAAGAAUAAUUAUAUAGCCUCUUUUGUGUUCUAAGUUCAAAGAAAAACUUUAUUCACCUGAAGGUUCUUUUGGCUCUGUUGACUGUAUGAUUGUAUGGUUGUAAGUUUCCAGGAGACGAUGGUUCUUUUGUGUUGCCCAGGAAAACUUGUAUGCACCAGGAUGCUUCUUUUGGUUUUGUGUGGUUUUUAGUUCCCAGAAAACCUGUGUGCCUUUAGUAUGGUUUGCUUAUAAUGACUGCUUUAUUUUUAUGAAUAUAUAAGCAUAUGUGCAUCUCGUUUA